UGCUCCCGAACAGUCCAGUUGGUGUUGGUCAUUCUUGGUUGAUAUUCUCAGAAAAGAAAGAUUUUCAAAGUUAUACUGCCAGCCAAGAAAUCUCUUCUUUGGACUCAUGUACUCAGAUAGUGUAUUCCAUGGGAAACGGUACGAGCAGACUCUAUAGUGCUCUCGCCAAGACACUGAACAGCAGCGCCGCCUCCCAGCACCCAGAGUAUUUGGUGGCACCUGACCCAGAACAUCUGGAGCCCAUUGAUCCUAAAGAGCUCCUCGAGGAAUGCAGGGCUGUCCUGCACACUCGCCCUCCCCGCUUCCAGAGGGAUUUUGUGGAUCUGAGGGCAGACUGCCCCAGUAGCCACCACCCACCUAUUAGGGUCAUGCAGUGGAACAUCCUCGCCCAAGGUAUGCCUGAUGUGUCUGCAGCUGAGCUGUGAUUGCCUUACUGCUUUUGCAUGUCCCGUUGCACUGAGGUGUGAUGUAGAGGGAAGAGGCGUGGGCAGGCCAAGGUGCAGGAGGGGCGGUGACCAGGGCAGCAGGGGGAGCUCCAGAGGGGGAGGUUAGGAAAGGGAGUCAUCUGGUUUUCACCAUCAAAUCCCGAUGGAUUCCAUACCCUCCAGCUUGUAGGCUAUCUAUUGAGUGCAGUAAAAGUCUGUGUGCUUCACAGCACACCCGGAUUUAAAGGACCCUGUCUUACCAGCCUGAAACUUUCUGUUGUCUCCAGCUUUCAGUCCACAGCACUACACUAGGAUAGCAUUUGCUAGAAACUAAGUCUACUGAAUGCGCUGGGAGCUGCGGCUAGGUACUCUUGUAGCCAGAUUCUCAUCCCAGUGUUAUCUUUAUAACCUGAUGCCAAAGAGAUGUUGCUUCAGCUCUCUGUUCACCAAGAUAUUACUUUGAUCUGGUAGCAAGGAAGCCUUUCCUGGGUCUGCUAAAUUAAAAGCAGGUGUGUAAGUCAACUUAAUGUUGUAUUGCCU